AUGCCCCCCGCAGCUACCUGGCUGACCAAGCUCAAGGUCCAGCUGAAGCUCGCCAUCGCGCGCCUGCGCAUGGUGCAGCAGCGGGACGAGCAGCUGGGCAAGACGCAGCGCCGGGCCAUGGCGCAGCUGCUCGAGGCCGGCAAGGUCGACUCGGCCACGAUCCGCGUCGAGAACAUCAUCCGCGCCGACAUCACGAGCGAGCUGCACGAGCUGCUGGAGCUCUACUGCGAGCUGCUGCUCGCGCGGGCCGGGCUGAUGGAGGGCCCCGUGUGCGACCCGGGGCUGGAGGAGGCCAUCAAGAGCAUCCUGUACGCAGCGCCCAAGACGGAGAUUAAGGAGCUCAUGGCGGUGCGGACGCUGCUGGCGGAAAAGUACGGCAAGGAGUUUGUGCUGGCGGCCAUGGACAAUGCGGACGGCAAGGUGAACGAGAAAGUGGUCAAGAAGCUGAGCGUGGAGGCGCCGCGGAAGGAGCUGGUGCAGGGGUACCUGGAGGAGAUUGCCAAGGCGUACGGCGUCGAUUGGCCCAAGAGGGAGAGGGUGGUAUCUUCGCCGCCACCCCCGGAUUUGAUAGAUGGCGAGGACUUUGGAGACGAGGACGGCGGCGACGAUCCAUCGGGAGGACAGGCACAGAAGAACGCCUCCGGCAGAGCGCUGACGGCGGCAGAGAGGAAGCUCUCGCUGCCUGAAGAGCAGUUGGACCGGGCCACGCCGCCGAGCGCGAGGCUGGGGGAGCCCAAGAGCCCGCUGAUGGUGACACCACCGCGGAUGACGACGGACAAUGUCCACCCCAAGGUGAUGAUGGGGUCUGUGGAGCUGACGAGCAAGAAGAACGAGGCGGAGGAAGCAAAGAAGAAGAGGGAGCCAGAAGGAUCAAUACCGGAUAUUGGGGAUCUGGAGAGGAGAUUUGCGGCGUUGAAGAAGAGGUGAGGGAUGAAGAGGCGACAUGCGGUAC